UGACUUACGAACUUGGAUUGAGAGUUUAUUCCUCGAUGGAACAGACUUGAUAAUUACAGGAGUUAUAUCAGAAGCAUUAUGGAUGUUUUUCACUUGAAAUCACAAUAUGUCAAUAAGGGCAGGGGAGCCAUAGUUCAACCAUUAGAGACUGAGCUUCCAAAGAUGUUGAAAAUAGCUUCAGGACCAUACCGUCAACAAACAUUUCUCUUCCAGAAAGGGGGUCGUGUAUUUAUAAAAACGUAUGAUGUGCUUGAUUUACUGUCUCGGGAUGAUGGAACACUAAGAGUCCCUUUUGAGUCGCAAUCAUCUGAUCCGAGUGCAGGUAUGAUAACAAGACAGGAAUUCGACUAUUUCCUAGAAAGCUGUCAAGAGAACGACCAUAUUUUUAAAGACAGCACAUCCCCACAUCACAUCCCCACAGUAUGA